UAAACAUAAAUAGUCAUUUAAAAUGAAAUACAAUAAAUAAAGAUAAAAAAUUUAAGUUUUUUAUAAAAUAAAAGACAAAUAUAUAAAAAUACGACAUUUACUAAAUAUUUAUCAAUUAAAAAAUAAAAAAGUAAACCCGCGCUUUAAAAGCGCGGAUCAAAAUCUAGUACUUAGUUAUAAGGUGUUCACGUCAAUGUGCACAUAUAUGUGUAUGUAAAAGUAUAUAAAGAUGGUUGAUAAAUAUAUAAAGAUACUGUUAAUUAAUAUUAAAUGACUUUUUUUAAAAUAAUACAUGAAAAAUAAAAUUCUUAAAAUGAAAUUAUUUUAAAACAAAAAUAUUGUAAAAUUUAUAGAAACUAUAAUAUAUAAUUUAUAUAUAAUUAUUUAAAUAUAUAACUUAUAUAUAUGCAUAUAACGGAUCAAAUUCGCUCUUACAAAAUUUGAUAUUUGUGAUUUGUUUUUUAAUGGAUAUUUCAUUUUAGUAUUUGAUUUGAUUCGUAGAGUAACGAAUAUCUGGAUUUUUUAGUUCGAAUCAAAAUUUAUGAAUAAUUUGUCUAGCUCUAUUCGUAAAUAGUAAAAAUAACAUAAAGAAAAAUCAUGCAUGUGAGUUUUAUAUUAAAAAAUAAAUAAAGUACAUAGUGUAAACAUAUUUAUGUAGAGUUUGGGUGAGAAACUCUCUACAUAUGACAUGUGUCCAUUUUAGUGUGAACACAUUUAUCACAAUGCUUGUAUACAUGACAUGUAUCCAAUUUAGUUUGAACGCAUUUAUUACAAUGUUUUACCUUUAAUAUAUAAGGGAUGUAACUAGUUUUUCAUAGAGACAAAUAUCAUAACCAAAAAAUCACUUUUAAUUUAUACUCAAAAUAUAUAUUUUGGAAUUGCAUAUAAUAUAAAUUAAGAACAUUUUUCAUUGUAUGAAAUAUAUUAAAAAUGUAAAACAUUAGUUUUAACAAAUUAAUUGAGAUAUAUAUAAUAAUAGUACUUCGAAUGGUGACCAUUGUUCCGUCCCGUCCCGCAGUUAAUAGUAACAAAAAUCUAUACAUAUACUAUAUAUUUAUACAUUUUUAUAACUGUUGGAACCGCACCGCAGUUGAACCGCUUGUCACGCACCGCUCAAACCGCAGUCACCUUGUGGAAUUUGUUACUACUGUACAAGCUAACAUGAUCAAUGUAUGUCAUAGUCAAUAUAUUUAUUUACCAUAUCCUACUUCGUGCACCAGCAAUGAUUAUUAUCUCCAAUGGUCACCGGGUGGGGCUUGAUUUGACAAUCUUUUUGGCCACGAUUCCAACAGUAGUUAAGAAAUCCACCCGUAGGAGGUAUAAUAACAGAACACUUACUUCCCGGGAGGUUGGGAUGACUGCCGACUCGACUCUUAGAAAGGAAACAGUGGUUAAAACCAAAAGAGACAACUCGCUAUAAUUCCUCUCCAUCCGCUAUUCAUUAUACUGUCUUCCAAAAAUAGUUGCAAAAUAAUUGUUUUUUGUUUUUUGUUAUUUCUUAUCCUACAGCUAUGUAUAUAUAAAAACUAAUUUUACUAUUACUCUCGAGAAUUUUUUUCUUUGUUCUAGUCUUGAGGCUAAGUUAAUGCUCGUACCUUUUCCUCCCAAAAUAAUCGUCGAACAUUUUCUAAAUUAAGAUAUAAAUGGAUAACUGAAUCGUUAAUUUUUUUAGCUAUGCAAUUCUAAUAAUUUAAACACUAGAUUAAGAUCCGCAUCUUGCACAGAAAGAACAUUCGCUACACAAUUUUUUUUUACGUAUACUAUUAUUUAUAUUGCAUUUUACAUAUUAUAAAAUAAUAAAUAAUUAAUAUUUAUUAAAUAAUCGAGAAGUAAAUAAUUAUUACAUAUAUAAUUGAAUUGGUAGGAACACAUAAAUCAAAAUACUCAUUCUUUUUAUUUAUAUAUAAUCUUUUUAUGAAACAAUCAUUUUUACCUAUUUUCUAUAGUAUAUAGUUAAACUUAAAUGAUAUUAAUACACACACAUAUAUAUAGUGUACUUUUAAUAUGGUUAUAUAUUAAAUAAGACUUUGUACUCAUAGAAUUUUAUGAUCGUUUAUAUAUUUGCAUUGGAAGGGAAAGAAUUACUUGAUCCAAGCUAUGGGGGUUUGGUUUGACUAUCGAGAAUAGAGUAGAAUUUUAUGUUUCUGUUUUAACACAAAAACUAUAGACACAACCUAGAUGAAAGUUGCAUUAGUUUGUAAAUUCUUUUUUCUAUUUGAAUAGAUUUAACAUUCUUUGAAAAAAGAAGGAAUAAAGAGAACUUUGGGAAUACAGAAAAAACCCCUUAAAACGAAGCUAGAUCAAAGUUUUGCAUUAGUUUGUAAAAAUAAAAAACCUUUCUAUUUGAAUAAAUUUUAACCAUCUUUCAAAAGAGGAAGGAAUAAAGAGUUUUUGGAAUACAUUUAACCGUCUCGUUGUUUAGAACCGAAACCGGUUUAGAACCGAAACCCGCGGUCGCUUCUUUUAACCUUGUAGGGUUUAACUUUAAGCCUCUCCCUAGUCCGUGAAAGUUGUAACCUUUCGAAAUCGUCUGAAGAAGAAUCCCAUGUCCAUGAAUGGUCGGAGAAGCUCUCCAAUUUCUCUCUCGCCUGAGAAAGUCUUCGUCUUUCCCAGACCCACUCACCUUCAACAAGCACAUCCAUCGGCUCAUCGACUCCAGCUGCGGCGUCCUCUCUCUCAAACUCGUAGCUUACCUUGUCUCCAGAGGCUACACUCCUCAUCGCUCUUCCUUCAAUUCAAUCGUAUCGCUUCUUUGCAGAUCAGGGCAGGUUAAAUUCGCUGAAGACAUCGUUCGGGCCAUGCGCAAGUUCGGAUCUUUACCGGAUGUUGUGUCUUACAACUCUCUGAUCGAUGGGUACUGUAGAAACGGCGAUGUGGGUAACGCUAGUUUGGUGUUUGAGAGGCUAAGAAGAGUCCCUGAUGGUUUGUUUAUCUGCAGACCUGAUGUGGUUAGCUUCAACUCAUUGUUUAAUGGGUUUGGCAAGAGGAAGAUGUUGGUUGAGGUUUUUGUGUAUAUGGGUGUUAUGUUCAAGUGUUGUUCUCCUAACGUUGUUACUUACACUACUUGGAUAGACUCUUUCUGCAAAUCAGGAGAGUUGGAAUCGGCUUUGAAGAGCUUUAGGUUUAUGAAGAGAGAUGGUUUGGCUCCGAAUGUGGUUACUUUCACUUGUUUGAUCGACGGGUAUUGCAAAUCCGGGGGCUUGGAGGUUGCGGUUUCGCUAUACGAAGAAAUGAGAGAAGUUGGGAUGUCUAUUAACGUUGUUACUUACAGUGCGUUGAUAGAUGGGUUCUGCAAACAAGGGGAAAUGCAGAGGGGCGUGGAGUUGUAUUUGCAAAUGCGUGAGGAUGGAGUGGAGCCUAACUCUCUUGUGUACACCGCGUUUAUUGACGGGUAUUUCAAGAAUGGCGAUGCUGAUAACGCCAUGAAGUUUCUUGCCAAAAUGCUUAACCAAGGGAUGAAGCUUGAUACCGCGGCUUACGGUGUAAUCGUGUCGGGACUUUGCGGUAUUGGUAGAGUGAAGGAGGCAGCAGAGGUGGUGGAUGAUAUGGAGAAAGGUGGUUUGGUUCCUGAUGAGAUGAUUUUGACGACGAUGAUGAAUGGUUAUUUUAAAUCCGGGCGGGUGAAGGAUGCGGUUAAGGUGUAUGGAGAGUUCGUAGAGAGAGGGUUUGAGCCUGAUGUUGUUGCUCUUUCGACUUUCAUUGACGGGCUUGCGAAGAACGGGCGGCUACAUGAAGCUGUAGCUUAUUUCUGCAAGGAGAGAGCUAAUGAUGUUAUGUACACCGUGGUUAUCGAUGCUUUGUGCAAAGUAGGAGACUUUAUAGAAGUUGAGAGACUCUUUGAAGCUGGACUUGUUGCGGAUAAGUUCAUGUACACUUGUUGGAUAGCUGGUUUGUGUAAGCAAGGGAACUUGGUGGGUGCGUUUAAGUUGAAAACCAAAAUGGUUCAAGAGGGUCUCGAGCUCGACUUGCUAACGUACACGACGUUGAUCAACGGCUUAGCUAGCAAGGGGUUGAUGGUGGAGGCUAGACAGGUUUUUGAUGAAAUGCUGAGAAGAGAGAUUAGACCUGAUUCAGCUGUGUUUGAUCUCUUGAUUAGAGCUUAUGAAAAAGAGGGAGACAUGACUGCUGCUUCAGAGUUGUUUCUUGAUAUGCAAGCUAGAGGGCUUGUGACAGUGGUAAGUGAUGCGGAUUGCAGCAAACAAUGUGACAGUGAAGUGACCUGUACUUGAACUUAAGUGACGAAGUGACCUGUAUUCGUUUUUAAAUGUAAAAGACUUUUACAUUUAAAAACGAAUACCUUAAACAAAAGGUACAUUAUUUUGAUUGUUAUAUGCAUAUACAGAAUAGUUUUAGCUGAGGAAAUGGAACUUGUGUUGUCUCUGCUUUAUUAGAUGCAUGUUGCUGUAAUCUUAAGCCAUUUAAUAGUUAGAAUGGAAAUGGUACUUGCAAGGAAGAGUAUGAAGCUCUGCUCCAUCCUCAUAAGAACUAAGGCAUACACAACAGUUCUGCCGAAAAGAAAACCAAAGUAGACAUCUUUCAAACUUUAUUAAAAA